GCUUUCUGUUUUACCUUCAUUGAGAGCCCAUGUCUCUUAAAAAUAAGAUCAAUGGAACGUAUGUGACCAAACCAAGUUGUAGCCCGGACGUAUUUCGGCGUGUACACACGGAACCUGUUUGUUUUUAGUAUCCCGGAUUGGUUUCCUUACAAAUCAUAGCCGCUGUUGUUUUGUGUUGGUGCUUUGUGUAAUAAGUACUUUUUCCAUUUUUUCGUUAUUUUGAAAGUUUUUUUUCUGUUACUUUAUUUUGGAACAGACAGAAUUUAUCGGUGUGUUUGUUUUUAUACAAAAUGAACGUCGAUACACCGCAGCCGGUCUCUACCGGAGCUGCAUCUUCAAACGCCUCUAUUUCCAGCAACAGCAGUAAUAACAGUGCUAACGAUGCCAUUAAUACCAGCAGCAGCACCUCAAACACUGCAGCAAACAGCGUUCCUUCCUCGGCUGCUUCUGCUCCUCAUUCUGAGGCUUACGUUGCAAACGGGGUCUAUGUGCCCGCAGGGAUCGCCAAUGGAGAUGUGAAGCCUGUCCUUUCCACCACCCCUCUGGCAGAUUUCUUAAUGCAACUGGAGGACUACACACCAACAAUUCCCGAUGCAGUGACAGGAUAUUAUCUUAACCGAGCUGGCUUCCAAGCAUCGGAUCCCAGAAUAAUCCGGCUGAUUUCUCUGGCUGCUCAGAAGUUCAUCUCUGACAUCGCAAACGAUGCCCUGCAGCACUGCAAAAUGAAAGGGACAGCUUCGGUCAACUCAAGAAACAAAUCCAAGGAUAAGAAAUACACUCUGACAAUGGAGGACCUCACUCCUGCUCUCACUGAAUACGGGAUCAACGUCAAGAAGCCUCACUACUUUACAUGAGAGACAAGCAUCAAGCUUAAAGCCUUGAGGCCUUCCAAUCCAGCCUCUGUACCUCUCUUGGUUUAAUCGAGAGGAUCCCUCCCUUGUAUUAUUUUUAUUAUCUCCCGUGUGAUGUUAUAGAGGCUCCCCUCUCAAUCUCGUUCAGUUUGUUUCUAUACUGCUUGUAAUUAGGUUUUUUGCAGUGCAUCCCAUGCGUCAUCCCAAAGUGUUUCCACAAACUACAUAAUAAUCACCUUAAGGGCACCUUUUUACAGUUUUACAGAAGAGCAGUGAUAUUUUGUAAUCACGCGAAUGAUGUAAUAAAACUCUUCAAUAAGUGA